CAAGAGGGAGAAAAGAGAGAAAGAGGGAGGUGGAGGGUUGGAAAGGUGAGAGCGUGUGAAGAGAAAAACAGGCAGAGAGGGGAAAGAGAAAGAAAGCAGAGAUAAGAGACAGGAGGCAAAAAAGAAAGACACACAGAGGAGUUGGAAAGUGAGAAAAACAGUGGAAACGGAAAGGAAAGUGAUAAUGUUUCCACCAGGAUUGAUUUUUUGAAAUGGAAGUCAAGACUAUCAGCGAGGGAGAACGAGGGAUAGUUAAAGCAAAAAGAGGGAAUGGAGAUGAAUGGAGGAGGUGAAGGAAGGAGCGUAGGUGUAGGAGGGGAUGGAGAAGCUGCAUUCCUGACCGCACAGUUACAGAACGGGACGAGAAAGAGGGAAAGAAGUUAAUCUGAAAUCCAGAUGCUUUAAGGACCAACAGAGGGUCAAACUAAUGCAUACACACACACAGGCACAGACAUACACACACACAGAGCGCUCCAUCCCCUCUCUUGCUCUCUCUUUCACAGACCUCAGGACCUCAGUGGCUUUACAACUCAGCAAACAUCCAAAGGACUAAUACAUAAACUGGAUACUUUUUUAUGCCUGUUUCCCUGUAAAACUUGGUCUUUCCAGCCUGCUGUGAAAACUAAAGGACUUUGUUUUGGAGUCUAUUUUUUUACUUCAACUGUUUAUCCUUUCCUUAACUGGAGGAAUUUCCAGUCCUCUCCUCCUCUACAUCCUUUCCUUUCUCCUCUUCUCUGUUUCCCCCUCUCCUCUCAUUUCCUCUGCUGUCCUCUGUCUGUCUCCAAAGUGCUAACACAGGGGAGCUGGUAAAGCCAUUAUUAGAGGAGAGCAGGAGCAGAAAACUAGCUGGCUGACAGCGUCUACCUGUGAUCAUCAUAGCUCUUGAUACUGGAGACCGACUGAAUGGACACCUUUACUGCUGUGUAAAGUCAAGGUGUAUUGAUGACGUGAGCCAUCAGACAGCCAUCCAGUCAUGGCGCUGUGGUGGUGCGCCAACAUCUGCAGGUUGGCCGCAGCAUGGUUUCCCCUGCUCUUCUCAUCACUGCUAUGGCUAACGAUCUCCCCCAUACAGGCCAUCCCAUCCUGCCCACGGAGCUGUAGCUGUCCGGGUGUUAAAGAGGUCCACUGUACGUUCAGACACCUCACUACCAUACCAAAAACCUUCCCUAAAGACACAGAGAGGCUCAACCUUGGUUAUAACAGCCUGACGGACGUGGAGGGGUCAGAAUUCAGGUCACUACGGCAACUGGAAAUGCUCAUGUUGCAUGGCAACGACAUUAGCACAGUCCACCCUGGGGCAUUUUACAGCCUGAGAUCACUACAGAUUUUGAAGUUGAGUUACAACAAGCUAACAUCAGUGAACCCUGGUCUGUUUGAGGGCCUUGUUGGUUUGAUCCGUCUCCAUCUGGACCACAACCUCAUUGACUUUAUAGAGCCAUACUCCUUCUCUGGCCUAACCUCCUUAAAACUCCUACAGCUGGAGGGGAACCUUCUAAAAGAGAUCCACCCUCAUACCUUCAUAACAGUGUCACUACUAGGAAGCUUUUGGACUUCGGGACUCAAACACUUACACCUGUCAGACAAUCUGUUGGAGCAGCUCCCUGCCGCAGUACUGAAGAGUGCUCCCAGGCUUGAACUCCUUUCUCUACAUGGUAAUCCCUGGACCUGUGAUUGUCAACUUCACUGGUUGGUAGAAUGGAGCUCCACACAUGAAGGUGUAAUAAAGUGCAAGAAGGAACGUGGCUCUAGUGAGACUUGCCCUGAGUGCUCCUCUCCUCAACCCCUGAAUGGGACACAUUUCCUAGGGCUGACUCCGGACAAGCUUACUUGUGAACGACCAGCUCUUCGUUCCACCCUCAAGCAGUGGGACAAUCCUGUGUGGGCUGAAUCUGAAGCGGAGCCUGACCUCCCGUACACCCGUGACUUUGAGAAGCCACUAGGCCACCUGACUGUCGUUCUCUCCGACAGCCAUGGAAACAGUGCUCAUGUGGCAUGCGACGUGCGACACCCUGGAGACAGUUCACCCAUGACUUGGACAGUAAAUCCACAAUCACCUGGGGAGUUUUCUGUCAAUGUGUCACUGGCAACUGUCCUUGAGUGUGAGAUUGAUCGGGAGACGUUGCAAAAUCUAUGGCAAUUGGUCGCAUAUUACUAUGAAAGCCCUGCUAUCCUGGAGAGAGGUCAACAGAGAGGAAAUGAUAGCAGAAUAACUUAUCAAUAUGUCCAAGCUGUAAAUGAAAAUUCCCCAUAUUUCACAGAAUUAAAAGGGUAUUUGGUAGCAGAACCCUCAUGGCUGCUUCAACCCAGAGUAACUUUAAGGCUCAACAGGCAGCAGACAACAACCAAGAAACUGGUAAUGGAUUUCACUACUGUAAUUACCAAGCAACUCAACAGCCAUAGGGGGCCAGAUGAUGACAAUGACCUCUCCAUGUCCUGGGCUUUAAUUCGCAGAGGGACAGCAGGGCGGGUUCAGACUGCUCUCCAGGGUUCAAAAGUUAAUUUAGAGUGCAGUGUUGUCACUUCAAAUCCGGAGGUGAAAGUGGAGUGGAUGCUACCAGAUUUGUCCAUUGUGGAAGAUGCAACUGAUAAAAUAGAAAUUUCUGAAAAAGGAGAUCUUGUGAUUUUAAAUGCCACACUGUCUGACUCAGGCCUUUACCACUGUAUGGUCAGAACCAAAGCCGGCGUGGACUUGAUGCCUCUAAGGCUCACCAUCAAAGAACUCUCACUCAGCCCAACCGCUCUCAAUGGUCAGAAAAUUGUAGUUGAAAAGGGACACUCUUUUUCUCUCCCAUGUGAGGUGACCUCAGUCCAGCCCAGUCAGACUAUGUGGUACCUACCCAAAAACCAAAUUCUUCUUCCCACACAACAGACAAAACGGACAGAAGUGAUGGAAAAUGGGACUUUAGUGGUUAGGAGAUUGACACAAGACGAUGCAGGGGAAUACACCUGCUUAGCCUCAAAUCUGUAUGGAGUUGACAUGUUGUCACACGUGGUGGAAGUGACAGGAGAAAAGGCCUCUGAUAGCUCCAAAGUACAGACUGCAAAAGAGUCGCCGAUUUUGCCAGCUGGUGUGGAGGAAGGAGAGGGUUCAGGGGGAGAUUACCAGGAAAUUAUACGGCCUUUUGCUACGCAGUUUCCUAAGAAGGUAGGAACAAUACAAAGGAAACCUAAUGAGUUUUCAAAAAGAAUAAGAAUCAAAGAUUCACAGAGAAAACCAAAUAAAUCUGUUAAAGAAUUAGAUCCAAAUCGCUGGGCAGAGAUCUUGGCAAAAGCUAAUGCUAAACCAAGUGUUGCUCUGCCCACAGAGCAGUCACUAUCAGAGCCCAGCACUGUAACUGUCCAAACAAGUACGCCCAAGCCUACUACUACAACUGCAACAACAAUUCCUACUACUGCUUACAACCUACCCCCUACUACUACCCCUCCUGAUAUUAGUACAGAGCUAACACAUUUCCCCAUAAACACAAAUGUUAAGACUGAGGCCUAUUCUACAGAGAAGAAAGAGGAUAACUCUAAAACAUCGGAAAGCCUGCUAGAGGUUUUACAACCUCCGCCUCCCAGAAGUACAGAACCAACCCCAUACCAUGUUGGUGGGAUUGCAGAAAAAGCUGACGCUAUAACAGACCCUCCUGCUGUUGGAACUCCUCAGCCAGUGGAUCAGUUAGAAAAUAAGUACUCUGGAGAGGGGAGAAGGAACAACAACCUCUUUCCUGGUCAGCCAAACAGGAGAAGGCCACCUUAUAGACGUAGAAAACCCCCAAUAAGGAGAGUCCGUCCGCACGGACACCCCUUCUACCAUUCAUCAAACAAGCCCCAAACAACUGUCCCCCCAACAACCACCACCACCACACCAACAACAACAACAACAACAACCACAACUACAACCACUACUACCACCACCACCACCACUACUACUACUACUACAGCUGUUCCAACCACAGUGGAAAACACUGAAAACUUAUCUGCUGAGUAUCAGACAGAGGAAGAUUACUAUGAUGAAUAUAAUUACAAGGAUGGCGGAGAUGCCAAGACAGACUUAAACAAUGAAACCCACCAUACCACUCAUUAUCUUGACAGUACCCUAACCACAUUUCCAUCAGCUGUAGAAAAAGAUCUAGCUCCACCUAAUCCAGAGACAGUUGUCACUCCAAAGCUUGAUAGAACCCCUCAUCCAACUGAAAGGACUCUUAAAGAAAAGGAGUAUGAUACUUUAAAACUUAAGGAAUCUGAGAGACAGAGGGUGGAGAUCAGAACGCAAAUUAAAGAAAAGGACAGAGACAAUAAAGAUCUUGCAGGAGAGAGUGAGAGGGAGAUUACAGCAAUGGAAAGUGAAGAAACACAUAAAAUAGAUUCAAAGGGCAGUGAGAAAGACACAGAAACAUCUAAAAAGGAGUGGCUGGAUAGCAUCCAGUUAACAACACAAAAUAGACCAAGACCUAACACUCGACCGUCACCGGAACAAAAUACACCUACCCAAGCAAGAACUCCAUCUUCAAAGGUCAUUACCUCACAUUCAACAAGAGGCAGAACAACAGCAGGAGUCACACAGAAAGAGGAUAAAGAUGUAAACAAGCCAAAAGCAGAGCCUGAGAUCCACAGAUUCCCAAUAAUAGAGCCGGUUCACCCCUGGCUCCAUCAGAACAGACAGGGAGGAGGGCAAACCACAACUCCCAGGACGAUACAUACAAACCAAAACAGAAAUACAGGAAGACAAGGAGAAGUGAAUCUAGGUAGACAUUCCCAGGCUCCUAGAGUCUCCCCAACCUCCCGCUGGCCUUCACACCAUCAUUAUCACCAUUACUACCCACUCUACCCUUCCUGGCCAGGUCAAAGGUCAUUUCCUCAUCCAAGGCAAGGUCCUGGGUCACACCCUCUGCCCACACACAGACCCUGGCCUCUCCCCCACCCAUGGGCUCAAAGCCCGGUUGUCACCAACCGACCAGAGAUCACAGCUGAAACAGUGAAGCCCACACCUGCAGAGUCUGGAACAACAGGAAGCUCCAGAGUUACACCCUCUAACUCCCAUCUGUCAUAUCAUCAACAUCAUCAAAAUCAUCAUGUGAAUGGCAGGACCCAAACCAGAGACCAACUGUUUCUAUCAAGGCUGAGGAACAGAUACAGACAGGCACAGCUUGAUCGCAUUGCUCAGCUGGGGAAGAUGGUUACACCCAAACCUCGUGUUAGCUACAAUCCCUCAUCCCUUAUCACACCUAAACCCAAACCUCCUUCUCCGCAAAGACCCUACAACCCCAAACCACCAGCACCUACUGCUUCUAACUCUUACACCCUUCAGCCUCCGAACUCUGCUGAACAUUCAUCGUCAUUCUCUGAUUUCAUCCCAACCCCUCAUCCUUACCCACACACCACUCCUGGGGUUCUGUAUGGAGGUCAGUGGCCUGUUGGAGCAGGACGAAUCAGCUCUCGGCGGCCCACAGCUGCCCCUCCUUUCCCAUGGGUGUGGGGAGCUGGAAGUGGUGGGCAGAAGCCUCGUAUCACCACGGUCACCACAGCUAGCGUGUCAGUACUGGCAGAGAGUGAUGUGUUCUUGCCUUGUAAAGCAACAGGGAAUCCUGAACCCAACAUUGCAUGGACCAAAGUCUCCACAGGUGCCACCAUCCCAGCCAACACCAAGCAUGGUCCCCGUUUUGAGGUCUUCAAAAAUGGAACUUUUGUCAUUAAAAACAUCCAGCUUCAGGAUAGAGGCCAGUACCUCUGCACGGCCCAGAACAGCUUUGGAUCAGAUCGCAUGGUCAUCACCUUAGCUGUACAGACUCAGGCACCCAAGAUCCAGCCGCCCAAGUCCACAGAGAUAGCAGCCUACUUCGGAAAAAGUGUGAUUCUUGACUGCCUUGCUUCAGGAAAACCACCUGCUCAAAUUUCCUGGAUUCUUCCAGACAGGAUGUUUGUACGAGACAUUGGGACUGUUCACUCUCCCCUUGCACCGAUAUCUCUGCUUCAAAAUGGAACCCUUCAAAUUCACUCUCUCAAUUUCUCAAGCAAAGGGGACUAUAAAUGUAUUGCAAGCAACGCAGCAGGUGCUGACACAAUUACUUACCAUCUCCAUGUGGCAGCUCUGCCGCCAAGCAUCAGUGAAGGAGCAACAGAUACUGUGAUCAUUCAGCCAGGCAGGAGUGUGUAUGUCCACUGCUCUGUGAAGGGGGAACCAGUGCCUGCUGUGAAAUGGACGCUCCCAGCAGGCGUCCAUGUUAAGCCAUCACAGUUUCUCGGACGCAGGCUGUUUGUCUUCCCCAAUGGGACGCUGUAUGUGAAGAAUGUUUCACCAGCUGAUGCUGGGAGGUACGAGUGUUUGGCCACUAAUGCUGUUGGUAUUACCAAAAGAACCGUCCAGCUGGAGGUGAGGGCAGAUUCCCCCUCCAUCUCUCACCAGCCUCCUCCUCCCCCUGUUCCUAUCCCUCCAACCCAGCGCCAUGGUGUGCCAUCCCGACAGCACUCUAUCUCAGCUAUGUACGGUUCUGCUGUCUACCUCCACUGUCCAGAGUCUACCGGAUCCACAAGAGGCACCAUCUGGCAGCUACCUUCCAAAACCAUCAUGGAACAUCGAUACAGUCCAGAGAGACCCAUUAAAGUUUUCCGUAAUGGGACUCUGAGGAUACUUCAGCUAACAGAGCUAGAUGGUGGAAAUUAUCUGUGUGUCUUUCAGCGGCCCAAUGGGGAGGACAUGGAGCUCUUCCAGGUGGAGGUGUUAAUGACCCCUCCCAGAAUCGAACAUGUGAGGACUGCACAGGCCAGGGUCACCUUUGGAGAAAAUUUCCAGGUGGACUGUGUUGCAACUGGCCUCCCUGACCCAGAAGUUACCUGGAGUCUCCCAGAUGGAACAUUAAUCAACAAUGCCCUUCAAUCGGACGAUAGCGGCCUUCGCAAUCGCCGCUAUGUUAUUUUUGGCAAUGGAACUUUACUUCUCCAGCAAAUGGGCAAAAGAGAUGAGGGUGACUACACUUGUUAUGCCAAGAACAAACUGGGCAAGGAUGAAAGAAAAGUGAGCGUCAAAGUGGGCCCGAAUGCUCCAAAAAUUGGAUUUAAAUCACAAUCACUGGUUACAGUAAAAUUAGGAGAAUCAGCCAAACUGAGUUGUCAGGCAACAGGUGAACCAACACCAAAAAUCAUGUGGAUCUCACCAAGGAAUGAUGUAAUAUCGGUGUCAUCAGACAAAUUUCAGAUCAUGGGCGAUGGGACGCUAGUGGUGAAAAAAGUAAUACUGGCUGACGAAGGCAAAUAUGCAUGUGUGGCACGAAAUUCUGCCGGUGAUGAUGUUAAAAACAUGAAACUUGAAGCUGAGAUCCAGGAACCUUUUAUCAAUGGCAUGAAAGGGAGGAGCACCACAAAGGUUUUGGCUGUUUCCUACCAAACAGCGCUCCUGGAUUGCAAAGUGGAAGGGAAACCCGAACCAAGAGUCUGGUGGGUUACUCCUUAUGGCCACUCCCUCCCAACACCCUAUCUCGGCGGUCGCUUCCAAGUCCACCGAAACGGGAGCUUGGAGCUGAGAGGGGUGAGGAAAACAGAUGAAGGGAGGUACAUGUGUCUGGCUAAAAACAAUCUGGGUGAAGCCUCACUUUUGGUUGAAUUGGACGUCGCAUCGAUAGCUGAGAAACCAAGUUUUGCUGUUCCCAAUAUUGAAAUCAUACCGAUAAAGCAAGACAGUGGAGCAUUAAUCCUGGAGUGCCCUGCUCGAGGAAAGCCGAACCCAGAGUUUGCAUGGAUUUUACCAAAUGGAAUGAUGUUAACACCUGGUGUUAGACUUCAGCGCUUCACACAUCAUCUUGGUAACGGUACUCUGCAGAUCUCUCAACCAGUUGCAAGUGAUAAGGGAGUGUACCGCUGCAUAGCAAAAAAUGUAGCAGGGCAAGCAGAGAAACGUUACUCAUUGGAGGCGGGCAGAAAGCCAGUGAUCAGAGGAUCUACAGGUGGAAUGCAGAUCACUUAUGGCCUCAAUCUUAACUUGCCCUGCACUGUGGAUGGCUGGCCGCAGGCAUCAGUCACAUGGACCCUGCCUAAUGGUCUUGUUUUGGACAAACCUCAAACUAUUGGCCGGGUAUCUUUUCUUCUCAAUGGGACCCUCCAACUCAGGCAGGUUGCCACCUUUGACAAAGGAACAUACAUCUGUAAAGCCUCCAACUCUUUUGGCUCGUCAACACUGUCCUACCCAGUUGCAGUGAUGGUUUUCCCACCACGUAUCACCAAUACGCUGACCUCAAUUACAAGAGUCAACCGGGGAUCACCAGUGAAGUUAAACUGUAUUGCAACUGGUAUUCCCAAGCCAGACAUUUCAUGGACGUUGCCUGGACGCACAACGCUGGUUCCGCAUAACCGGUUCACAGCACAGGGAGGGAUUCACAUGACAGAGGAGGGCAGUCUGGUCAUACAGAACCCUAUGCUCAUGAACUCCGGCAUUUACAAAUGCAAUGCUAAAAAUGCACUCGGAACAGACUUUAAAUCCACUUACCUACAAGUGGUCUGAGUGACAGCUAUAAUUAUUCUAUUGAGAAAAUGUCAUUGCAGAAUUAAGACAGGAUAAGGACUUUUCCAUCAGGAUAAGAAUAUUCUGCAUAAUAAAGAUACUCUGGAGAGAGACCUAGAACUGCCUGACUGGCAGCUUGGAUUGACACACCUUGCAAAAUAGUUUCCACUGAACAGUGACAUUUUAUAUGUGGACAAAACAACAUGGACAGCAUUCACCUUUUGUGAUUUUAUCUCCAUUUUUGUGUUUGUGUGUCUGUUUUAUGGUGCAGAUGUUGCAGAAGUCCUUCAGUUCUACAUUUUGUACCUUAAAGUGUAUUUUCACUUGUUAAAGUGCAGUUUAACUCACUGCUCAAAGCUUUGCCUUUCUAGUCACCAAUUUGCGUUUCCUUAGAUGGCAAAGGCGUGAUCCACCUUACCCGUCUCUGAGUGGCUUACCCUGACAUUCUAACCAAUCUCGCUCCUCUUGCCUAAACCUAACAAAGCCCACCAGUGAAGGCAAUGAGUACUUGCCAGUCAGAAGGAGAGUGGGGCAGGUCAUGCCUUUGCUAUCCUAGGAAACACAAAUCUGCUUUCCAGCCUUACACUGUAGAUGUAAUUUCACAUUCCCCAUACAAACUGUAAAAUUUUACCUCACAGUAUAAUUUUACUUUAACAUGACAAUGCUUGUUCUGCACCUGAAAUAACUUAAGACUCUUCUCUCUUUGGAUUGAUAUAUAAUGUGUACCCCUUAUAUGAUUAUUAUUGUUUAUGUGCUGGUAGAAUUACAGUUUGCAGUGAUCUGAGCUGUAUUGCACAUUGCUCACAUCACAAAAUAGAUACUUAAUUAAACACGUAAUAGAUUUUAUUCCCUGUGAACUUCACAGCAAAAUUCUACCACCUUACAAUCUAUCAACACACAGUAAUAAGUAGUGGAGUGUCUUUAUUAUUGAACGUGAGUUUAUCAUCAACUAUUCGACUCAUGUGCUUAUAAAGUGCCAUAUUUUAUGAACUUUUAGUGAGCGGUGACUCAAAUACCAUCUAUUGCUGCUCUGCAGUGUGUAUCAUCGAAUGAAUGACUGUAUGUAUCAAUAUCAUUUAUUCAUCUUCAUAAUGGUGGAAAAAUAAUAGCCUGUAAUAUCUAUGUUUGAAGCUCACAGAAGCUAUUAACCGUUGAGGGACACAAUACAAAACGAAGGUGCAACAAAAAAAUAUGUAGGUAUAUAAUUUAUAAGUAAAAAAUAAACAUACAGGUAUGUGUUUGUUUUUUUAACCGUCAGUUGCCUCAUUUUUGUUGUAUAAAAACACCUAAUUCAUACUGACAGGAAGAGUAUUCACAGAUUUUAAAUUAAGCUUCUCUAAUGCUCAGCUGAGCUGUAAAGACAUUAAUUGUUACCCCAGCAUUGACAGUCACGCAAUUUGCUUAGGGUCAAGGGGUGAAAUCCACUUAAAUUUUUUCACAUCUAGUCCAACUUGAGCGAACUUUGACCAACAUAUUACUUUACUAGUCCAAAAUGGUAUACAACUGCUCUAAUAGAGACAUGUUCACACAUAGUUCUAAGACAAGAGUCUACAGUGCAAAUACAUUUUUUAAAUUAUUGCCUGUAGUGACCGAACAAAGUUGAUGAGCUAACAAGCUUGCUAACGCUCGUUAGCUCUUAAACUUCUGGAAACUUUUUGUUGAAGGAAAUGGUGUACAAUGGUAGCCUAAGCAAACUGCCUGGGUGGAGUAAACAGUAUAGUGCAGAGAAUGUAGAGAGAAGCUUGGAAAGCUAUUGUGACUGACUUACAUGAUCGCAGCUGGCUAGCGUGUUCAUGAUUAACUCACUUGCUGCCAUAGUUCACCAACUAGCACAGCAUAGUCACGUCACCAAGCUUGUGGAAUGAAAUAUUUUGCAAAGACCAAUAUACAUAUAUUAAUAUAUUUAUAAAAUAUAUUUAAUAUAUUAAAUGUGUUAAAUACAUAUAUUAGCAUAUUAGUUUUUAUUUUCACUCUUACUGAAGUACAUCACAAACAUAUUUCAUCCUGCUAUCAAGUCAACAAAGAUGAUCCCAAAUUAGAAAAAGUU